ACACAGAAUACCCUCCAGUAAAAAAGGCCCUAAAAUGUUGUUUUGAGAGCCUCUGACUUUCCUGCGCCUCUCUUCUGUGAUCGUAUAAUUACGUCAAUCCUCUCUUCUCUGUAGCCUUAAAAAAUUCAAGGGUUUUCGCUUUCUUCUCCUCUUUUCACUUCUUCUUCUCCUUCCUUCUUCCCUUCUACUGCAACAGAAAGAAAGAAGAUGAAUUCCACAAAGAAGUACUCAUUCUCUGAAAUCUCGAACCACACUUCCAAAGAUGAUUGCUGGCUGAUCAUCCACGGCAAGGUUUUUAAUGUCACUUCCUUCUUGGAGGAUCACCCAGGAGGAGAAGAUGUUCUUCUGCAAGCCUCAGCUAAUGGUGAUGCCACCGACUCAUUUGAGGACGUUGGCCAUAGUUCCACUGCGACCAGCAUGAUGGAUGAGUUCUUAAUCGGCACUGUUGAGGGCCCAAAGCCAAACCAGACAGCCACAGGAGACUCUCUUCCUGCCAAGAACGUUCAGCAAAGGAAGCCUGAAGCUUCUUCCAGCAAUUUCAUGGACAUUCUGCUUCCCUUGCUUAUUCUUGUAGUGGCAUUUGCAGCUUGGUAUUACCUCACUUUCAUCAAUGUCAACGCUUAAAUCCAUUUUCCAUGUUGUUGAGUUUCAUCAGUGGAUCAUUCCACUUGUUCUGUUUUUAGAAUAAAGAAUUAAGGACAGGAGAGAACUUGUGAGAAAGCUGCCAUCUUCUUGUUCAUUAUGGACUGGAAACUUCAUUGUGAUGUCCAUUAAUCGUCUGUUGUCACAGGUUCUACAUUGUUGUUGGAAUUUGAGUUUUGAAAUAGCAAUUACAAUGUUAAUCUCUUGUUGUGUGAAAA